AACAGAACCACCUACGCUGUUUAAUAAUCUUUAUUAACCUCUCGUGUUGCAUAUUUUCAAAAGAAAAGGCUUUAAAGGUAAUUACGGACUAUAUUUUUAUAACAAAGAAAACAAAUCAAAAGUAAGCUAAAUAGAGUAGCUACUGAUAUACGAAAGAGAAAUUGAAGUGGAAAAAGAAAAACGAAAGCGAAGUUCUUUUUUCUUUCUUUUUUCAAGUUUCUGGGCUAUUGCGACAAUGGUGAAGUUGCAUAGAGGUUUUUUAGUGUGUUUAUGGCUGUUGGGGAUUAUCUCGCUAUCCUGCGCAUCGAGGUAUGGCGCUUCAAGACAGAAGUUUGAAGUGAAGAAGCACUUAAAUAGGCUGAACAAACCUGCUGUUAAGAGCAUUCAGAGCCCAGAUGGAGAUAUAAUUGACUGUGUUCCCAUCUCAAAGCAGCCAGCUUUUGACCACCCUUUCCUCAAAGAUCACAAGAUUCAGAUGAAGCCUAAUUACCACCCUGAAGGCCUCUUCGAUGACAAUAAGGUGUCUGCGAAACCAAAGGAGAAAGAAACUCAUAUCCCUCAGCUGUGGCACCGUUACGGCAAAUGUUCUGAAGGAACCAUUCCUAUGAGGAGGACAAAGGAGGAUGAUGUGUUGAGAGCAAGUUCGGUUAAAAGAUACGGCAAGAAGAAACAUAGAACUGUUCCUAUUCCUAAAUCUGCGGAGCCUGACCUCAUCAACCAAAACGGUCACCAGCACGCUAUAGCUUAUGUGGAAGGAGAUAAGUACUAUGGAGCGAAGGCGACUUUAAAUGUGUGGGAGCCAAAGAUACAGCACACAAACGAAUUCAGCUUGUCGCAGAUAUGGCUUCUGGGUGGUUCUUUUGGACAAGAUCUUAACAGCAUUGAAGCUGGUUGGCAGGUGAGCCCGGAUCUAUAUGGAGACAAUAAUACAAGACUCUUCACCUACUGGACUAGUGAUGCCUACCAAGCUACUGGUUGCUACAAUCUUCUUUGCUCAGGGUAUUGGCCAUCGUUUCUCUUCUCUUACCUAACAGAGAGUGCAUCGAUGAUCGAAUGGGGAGGUGAAGUUGUGAACUCACAAUCAGGUGGACACCACACUUGGACGCAGAUGGGAAGCGGCCACUUCCCAGAAGAAGGAUUCAGCAAGGCGAGUUACUUUAGGAACAUCCAAGUCGUUGAUGGAUCUAACAACCUCAAAGCACCAAAAAGACUCGGGACAUUCACAGAGAAAUCCAACUGCUAUGAUGUUCAGACGGGAAGCAAUGAUGACUGGGGACAUUUCUUCUACUAUGGUGGUCCUGGUAAGAACAAGAACUGCCCA